AUGUCCGAUCAACCAAGCGCCAUUCAAGAGCUGGCCGAUGUGCCCAAGGAAUUUUUCAAGGAUGGCACACAAUUCAUCAACAGAUGCACAAAACCCGACCGGAGAGAAUUCAUCAAGAUCUCGCAAGCCGUGGGAAUGGGAUUCCUCAUCAUGGGCGCCAUCGGCUACUUCAUCAAGCUAAGUACGUCGCUUCCUCUGCUCCUCCAUCCUUCCCUCCCUCCCUCCUUUUCUUUCCCCACUCACACACCACUCUUCGCCCAAGCACACCGCGAAGCAACAUCAACUGACCAAGAUCCGCCCGCAGUACAUAUCCCGGUCAACAACGUACUAGUGGGAUAG